GAAAGACUCCAAACGUGUAUAUGAAAGAAACCUUCAUAUAUCCAUGAGCUUUUACAUCUCUACAGCACUCUCUCUCGCUCUCCUCCACCAUCAGAGAUGACCCAAAGGUUGGAAGCACAAGGUCAAAAGACCCUGGAUAGCCCAUUUGUGUGGGAUGAUGGAUCCGACCAUGAUGACGUAACAAAAAUACAUGUAAGAGGUGACUCUCGAGGCAUAAACUGCAUCCGAUUUGAUUAUAUCAAGAGUGGACAACGGAAAUAUAAAUCAUUCUAUGGUCCCUCGUGGGCAGGUUUCACCCAAACGUUUAAGAUUAACCAUAAAGAAGAUGAACAACUUGAAUCUGUUGAGGGUUUUUAUAAGCCAGACUCGCGUACAAUUGUAGGACUUCAAUUUAAAACCAACUUGAGGAUUUCUGAACUGAUAGGACAUGGAAAAAAGGAUGAUACUAAGUUUUCAUUAGCUGUGGACGGAAAGAAAAUCAUCGGGUUUCACGGAUGUUCCGGCAGUUACCUAGAGUCUCUUGGAGCAUAUUUCACUUGCAUUGCUCCAACUAGAAUGGAAGCAAAAGGAGCAAAAGGAGGAACGGAUUGGAACGAUGGAGCUGACCAUGAAGGUGUUGCAAAAAUAUACGUCCGAGGUGGGCGUGAUUGUAUACAAUACAUCAAGUUCGAUUAUGUCAAGGAUAGAAAAUAUAUAUAUGGGCCAGCCCAUGGUGUCAGGGGUAGAGGUUUCACAGAGUCUUUCGAGAUUAACCAUCUCGACAAUGAAUAUAUGGUAUCUGUUGAGGGUUAUUAUGACGAAGGUGAUUCGGGGAUCAUUCAGGGAAUUCAAUUCAGAACUAAUAUCAAGACUUCAGAACUGAUAGGAUACAACAAUGGUAAGAAGUUUUCACUUGCAGCCAAUGGAAAGAAGAUCAUUGGGUUUCAUGGAUAUGCUGACCAGAAUCUAAACUCUCUUGGAGCAUAUUUCACAACCUCUCCUUUUAUUAAAUUGGAAUCCAGGGAAUCUACUGGUGAUCUCUGGGAUGAUGGCACUUUUGAAGGUGUAAGGAAGGUGUGCAUUCAUAAACAGCCGGUUUUAUAUUCAGUGAUCCAAUUCGAGUAUGUAAACAGAGGCGAGGUGGAAAAUCGUGACCUGGGGUUGAGGGUAUUUAUAGCAGAAGAAGGAGAGUUUGUUGUGAACUAUCCUUACGAAUUUAUCAUAUCUGUGGAGGGGACAUUCACAAAUGAAAAAGAUCCUCAUGUUGCGUCAUUGACUUUCAAAACAUCAAAAGGGAGAACUUCUUCAACAUUUGGAACUCCGGGUACUAAAAAAUUUGUGCUUCAGAGCAAAGGUUGUGGCGUUGUUGGGUUCCAUGGAGUGUUGUCCAAUGAUUAUAUUUCUGGGCUUGGAGCAUAUUUCCGUCUGCUGCCACCUCUUCCUGACGGAGAAAAAGUAGAAGCAAAAGGUGGUGAUGGAGGAGCUUCUUGGGACGAUGGCGGUUUUGAUUGCAUUAGAAAGAUAUACAUAGGACACGGCGAGAUGGGUAUCGCAUUUGUAAAGUUUCUCUACGACAAGGACAAUAAGUUCGUGGUCGGAGAUGAUCAUGGGAGCAAGACAUUACUUGGAGUUGAUGAGUUUGAGUUGGAGCAUCCAGAUGAAUACCUGAUAUCUGUGGAGGGUAGUUAUGAUGUAGUAGAUGGAAGUGAAUCCGAAGUUAUACUCAUGCUUAGGUUCAAGACCAAUAUGCGAACCUCUCAAGUCUUUGGACUCGACACAACAUCAAGCUUCAUACUCGAGAAGGAAUGUCACAAGAUCGUCGGGUUCCAUGGGAAAAUAGGUAAGAUGCUUCAUCAAAUUGGGGUCCAUGUCUUACCUAUUAUAGAUUGA